AUGUUUCAAAAUAAAAUAGAGUAAUCAAAAACAGCAUUCUUUUGGGAUAUCCUAUUGGGCACUUAUUCCCCUCAAUUACCACAUCCCUCAUUUAACGAAAUAAAUAAGACAUCAGUCGACCAGCCACAAUAUCGCACUUUGAAAAUGGAUAUUCCACGGACUCGUUCUCAAUUACUACAACCUCAAAUGCAUGGCAUUCUAGAAAAAAUAAUUGUUUUCUUUUGUUAAUAGGAAAAUAUUAGUUACAAACAAGGAAUGAAUGAAAUAUUUGCUGUUGUAGCGGUCUUUAAUGAAAGUGGACUUUCCUGGGAAAAGGUCUAUGAGUAUGCUCGUAAAAUCAUACUCGAUAACAACUUCUUUAAAGACGAAGAGUUCUUGUCAUUGCAAGUUGCCUUCUAAUGGAUAAAUUUGCUACUUAAAUUUCACGAUUUCCAAUUGUACGAUUAUUUGGAUAAGAAUCUACUCUCACCAGAACUAUAUGCUACACCUUGGCUGUUAACUCUAUUCGCCAAUAAAAUGUCCUUAGAAUGCACUUAUCUGCUUUGGGAGAUGCUCUACAUCAAGAAGGAUUAAUUAAUGAUAUAUUACUUCGUGAUUGCAGUUCUCAUUUUCUUCAGAGAGAAAUUGCUAUCAAUUGAUUCCUCACUCUUGCCACAAACCUUGAGUGGAAUCUACAUAGACAACGUUGAAAUACUGAAGAACAUCUAUAAAAAAGCAGUUGAUUUAAAAUUGAAUACUCCUUCAUCUGCCUGUAUUCCCACCAAGAUAUUUGACUUACCAAAAGAAGAACUUAAGAUUCUCAUGGAUUACUAUUAACAACUUGAUUGUUUGACUCUUCAUUACACAGAAUCAUUAAAAUUAGAGACCAAUUAUUGUAGAUUAUGUUCCAAUAAUGGAUGUGUGCAAUGUAGACUUGUGCGAAUGCCUCCUGAAAUGAAAUGUUUCAUCUAUUCCAACAAACAUCUAUAAGACCUAGUUCAAUAUGUUGGAGGCUCCAUUAAACAAUACAAACUGGUAGACAAGGUCCAGAAUCACUAAAAUUUAAUAUAGAUCAUCAAAUACUCUAAGUUUCAAUCUGAAUAACAAAUUUAACAGAGCUAUAUAUGUUUUUAACAGUAAUAAUCAAACUGUCAGAAUACUGAAGAAGAUACUAUAAGCACCAGGUCUUAAAAUAGUUUAUACAGUUCUUAGAUUAUUGUUCCUUUUAAAUUCAAUAAAUUACAAUUGCAAUAGUAAUUGUAAAAGUAACCAGAUGAUUAAUUUGAUUCGAUGCGAUCUCAGGAAUAAUCCAAUAGACAAUAAUCUGUAUCAUAUAGAUAAUCAUCCAUUAUUGAAUGUAACAUUUUACAGAAUAUACAUUUAAAUAAUACAUCGCCGGUGGAGAUUCAGCCACUCAUUUUAAAGAAGGAUUCCAGAGCGAAUUCUUUGAAAUAAGAUCCCAUCAAAAGAUACGAAAAUAAAGGGUUAUUUAAAAAGAUGAUUGUGGACAUCAAUAUGUUGAAUAACAUCAAAUUUCACAUUUUUAGAUGCAAACUGAUUGGUACCUAAAAACAAAGAAUAUUGGUCUUGAAUCAGGGAUUCAUCUGUUUAGUUAAAGAAGAUAAAUAAGUGUUUUCGAAAUUACAGGGAAUCUAAUAAUUGAAGCCAAAGUUACCCCUCAAAACGGAGCAAUAGAAUCAAGCCAUUUAGAUUUAAUACCUGUAUUACAUGAUAUUCCUUAAACGAAUCAGCAGCAAACGACUCAAUAGCAAUGUGAUCUCAUUCUACUUCAAACAGCCAAUUGUGAAUUCACAACAAAACAUUAAUAAUCGCUUUUUUAAUCUGUUUAAGGAAUUUCAUAUGAAUGUAGACAAUGAUUAUAUAAAUGAAGCAAAAAGAAUGAUUAAGACAGAAUACAAAAUAACUCUGGAGAUGUUAACAACUCAAGAAGCUUAAAAUUGUAUAGAAAUGGGUAAACAAUAUUACAAGCAAUGCUAAUUUUGA